AUGAAUUCUACAGGAGUCACAACAUUGAACCUAUACGACUCGAACCUAGAGGCACUAGCGAAGUGGUUGAGCUGCAACGGCGAGAUAUGGGGCGUGGGCCCGACGGCGGUGUUCGCGAGCGCCGCCGCUCUCUUCCUCUACAACGAGUUGGAGGCCACCGUGUUCAUCGCCGGAGACCAGGCCCAUGUGUCGUUGCUGGAGAAGUGCUUGAUUUCAACGAUGGUCCUCGGCAUGUUGGCGCUAAUGAUCCACCUGUGGGUGUGCUCCAUGCGCUUUUUCCAGUACUAUCUCGACACGCUUAUUAGAGAUAGUCCAAGCGUGCUGCUAGAGAUGACGACAGCAGGUCUGCUGGGCGGGCAGACGGAGCUGAUGCCGCUGGGCCCGCUAACGCGGUUCCUCCGUCAGCAGCAGCCGCAGAUCCACAUCACCGUUUGCUGGUUCCUUUCGCUCUGCUAUGCCGACUAUGUACGCAAGCACUACUGCCAGAGAUUCAAUAUGCCGUAUUUGGAACAGUGGUGCACAAUUGUGUUGGGGAUCAGGCAAACCGAGCUGCAAGAACGCGCCACGGAGCGAGUCAGCCUCACCAUGGAGAAGGUCAACAGCUUCGUCGGCUCCGUCCAUCGGCGGCUGCGAGGGUUCGCCCCACAAGGCCAGCUGGAGACCAACACCAGGGUUGACGGGGCCACUCAUACAGUGAGAUCGCGUCUCCCAAGAGAUCUUCAAUGGACGUCAGCGGCACCUUCAGCGGGAUUACAUAUGAGACCAGCGAAGACCAGCGGCCUAACGAAGACCAGCGGCCCAGCGAAGACCAGCGACCCAGCGAAGAGCAGCGACCCAGUGACUCCAACGCGGGGCUCAGGAAGUCACCGAAGGAGUUCAGUGUCCAUCUGGUCGGGCAAUCGAGUGAGGCCACCGCUGAUGCAUUUGAAAAGCUACGAACUUUUAUCCAGGCAACGAGAUGUGCGUGUACACCGCACACCAGCGUCUGUGUGCCUGGAAGUGGGGGGACCCAAGAUGGAAACCCUUGAAGACUUCCCCUGCAGGGUGUAAAUCCACA